CUUUGUGUCAUGGUAACCAAAUGCUGCUUGUGUGAAAAGAAAAAAAAAAUGACUCCUGCAUUUUGAGAAUGAAUCUCUUACUAAGAAGCAAGUAAAUCCAGAUUAAUCAGAGCUUCACCUUUUAUCAAAACCAGGAGAAACCUUUGGGAUGUAUGAUGUACCCAUAAUAGCACAUGUGAAAAAGACCAGGAGAAAUCCCACCAUGAUUUUUCUACUGAAGGAAUGUGACCAAAUAUCUUGAGAUUUAAUGGUAUUUUCAACAAUAUCCUAAAACAAACACAAAGAAAAGCCAAAGCAAUGAAACAAAAGACAAUGUCCCAGUCUAGUAAGUUUAAUAAGGAAGAUAUGAGUGUAACUGGCUCCAAAAAAGAAAGAGCUCUAAAGAAAAGUCAUCAUGAAUUGAUGAGUGGAACUGGCUCAAAAAGAGAGAAGUCUCUAAAGAAAAGUCUUCAUGAAUCUGCGAGUGGAGCUAGUUCUAAAAGCCAGAUAGUCCUCAGAAAAAGUCCUGAUGAAUCUGUCAGCCCAAAAAAUUUUUUAAAGACUGUGCCAAAAAAUACAGCCGAGAACUGUAAGUCUGGCAGAGACUCCGACACUAAGGUUCCUGUAUUAUCGAAAAAGAAAGCAAUGACUCAACUCACUAGCCAAGACAAAGACUCACAACUUGUAGCCAAAACACCCAAAGCUGGGUUGGACUCAGUGAUGAUGGAUGAAGAUAAACCUGAAACUACUAGCACAAAGAUUCUAAACAAUUCUUCAGAAGCAUCUCAAUCAGAGAAGAAAAAGAUGCAAGAUCCUCGUGGAUAUGGACCAUUCUUUUAUAUUGGAGGCGGUAAUGGUGCACACUUAAUAAGCGCUUAUUGCACGAACAAAGGCUGGCAACAAAUACUUGACCCCAAGAGAGAGGAUUAUAAACUGAAAUGGUGUGAGUUGAAGAGCGCUUCCAGUUACUCAUCUUUUCAUGAAGGGAAACAACUGUUAUAUCAGAUACCAAACAAUAAAGUCCUUACAACCAAAAUUGGACUCUUAACCAGUCUUAGAGAAUAUGAGAGAAUUAUGCAGAAGAUCAACAAAGCUCCAAAUCACCGAGUUUUACAAAUGGAAGAUUUUAUCCCCGAGACAUUUCGUUUGGAUCUAAAGGAUGAAAGAGAGAAAUUCUUUUCUCUUUAUAAAGAAGAUCAAACAUGGAUUUGCAAACCCACUGGCCUGAACCAAGGACGUGGAAUCUUCUUGUUAAAAACACCAGAAGAAUUUGUUAAUCUUCAGUUUCAACAGCAGGCUUUGAAUGAUGAGUCAAUGAGUAAGAAAAUUCCCAACAGGCGUUCACAAGCCAGAAUUGUGCAAAGGUAUAUAGGCAAUCCAUUGCUUCUUGAUGGACGGAAGUUCGAUGUCAGGGCCUACCUACUCAUAGCAUCCACCAUACCCUACUUUGUCUUUUUCCGACAUGGCUAUGUGCGCCUCACCUGUAACAACUAUGAUCCUAAGUCUGAUGACCUCACUGGCCACUUAACCAAUCAGUAUAUGCAAAAGAAAAAUCCACUAUACAGUGAACUGAAGAAUGAGACAGUGUGGGGAAUGGAAAGAUUUAACAGCUAUGUCAAUGAACAUUUUGCUACUGCAAAAGGACUGCCGCAAAACUGGGUGCUAACCACUUUCACGAAAAGGAUACAACAAAUAAUGACGCACUGUUUCCUGGCUGUGAAAUCAAAGCUUGAAUGCCGUCUGGGAUAUUUUGACCUCAUUGGCUGUGAUUUCCUGAUUGAUGAAGAUUUUAAGGUUUGGCUGCUAGAGAUGAACUGCAACCCCUCCUUGAAUACCAAUUGUGAGGUGCUUAAAGAUGUAGUUCCAAACGUGGUAAAUGAAACACUAGAUCUGACUCUUGAAAUAUUCUACAAGACACUUAAAAGUCAAAGCAUUAAGCCCUUAAACACAGAGAGCAGCUUUAUAUUACUGUAUAAUACAUAUGUGAAUGAGCAGACGGGGAGGUCCAAAUCAACAGCAAGUCCCAUCAGGAAACUAAAGGCAUCUCUGAAGAAUGCCAGUGUUUGAGAAGAGGGGCUGCCGUAAUGUUCUUCAUGCAACAAAAUGAGGUCCGUUGGUGAAUUCACUCCGUAAAGUAAAGAAGUACAGCAAAAAAUUCAGCGUGAAUUUCCGUUAAAAUGUUUUUCAAGACUCAAAUAUUUAAUGACCAAAAAAAUAAAUUUUCCUCCUAAACAAAACCACGAAAGAAGAAACGUAAAUUCCAGGAAUGGAUUUGAUUCUUACCUGGUCUUUCUGGCCCAGUAUGAGAUUCCAGAAAUGUAAAGUCUACCUACACGUGCUUAUAGGGCCUACAGAAUGUAUUAACAAUGUUUUGAGACAAUGCAAAAAUAGCAUCUUUUCAGUGUUGAUGAUAUUUGAUUCCAGAGAACAGGAACUUUCUUUAG